AUGGUAGAUAACUAUUCUUCGGAGGCGGAUGCUCUCGGUUCAUUAUCGUCUACUGCUCCAACAUCAUCAAUAAAAAAUGAUACAACAAAGACUUCUCAUAAUGAGUCGGAAGAUGAAUGCAAUUAUAGUAUUAUGACAAUUGAUACCAACGAUUUUAAAAAACUAUUGUUACCCAAGUCAAAUAUUAGUAGUGACAAUAAACUUAAUUUUGAUGCGUGUUCUAGAGAGAAACCCUUUAAAACUGUAGCUUAUGGUCCGAUAAAUGUAAAUGUUCGUCAAACUAUGGCACCAACAUUAGCGACUGGACGUCGUUCAAAAUUUACUAAACUUGAAGGUGAUGCAGCUGUAAAACGUGAAAUACGACGCAAAAGAAAUCGUGAAGCAGCAAGAAAAUUAAAAGCAAAACGAGAACAAGUUGAGCAACAAUUACAAACAGAUAUUGAUGAAUUGGAAUCGAGAGAAAGAGAAUUAUUAUUCACAAUCAGCAGUCUUGAAUCAUAUAAAACAAAACUUGAACUACGAUGUGAUAGAAACAUGGUUUUUAUUGAGGAAAGACUUGCUCGUGCAACCGCACCGACUUUAAAACAAGAACAUAUUCGACAAGCACAUCAAAGUGUACUCGUUCAUAACGAUGAUGUACAUGCAAAAGAGGAAAAACGUUCUCCAUCUCCACAAUGGCAGUUACUCUUUAGUAUUUGA